AUGUCUGCCUCGAUCACCACAGAUGUCAGUAACUAUGAGGCUCGGGGAUACGGAGACUUAAGCCACACAAUGAAAGCCUUAACCUGGCAAGCAAAGAAUUCGGUGAAAGUUGUGGAGACGGCUCGCCCUAAGAUCAUCGAUGAAGGCGAUGUCAUCCUUAAAGUGACGGGCAGCACCAUUUGUGGGAGUGACUUGCACCUAUUCCAUGAGGCUAUCCCAGAUCUUCAGAAAGGUGAUAUUCUUGGUCACGAGUUCUGCGGUGUGGUCGCAAGCGUGGGGCCAGCGGUAAAGAAAGUUAAAGUAGGUGAUCGCGUCGUGGCGUCCUUUCAAAUUGCCUGUGGGGAUUGUUAUUAUUGCAAGAAGAAAUUGUCCUCAAUGUGUGAGAGGACAAAUUCGAGCGAAGCUGCAUGUCAGCUAUAUGGGCGUCGCACAGCUGGCAUGUUUGGAUACUCCCACUUCACUGGAGGCUUUGCCGGUGGUCAAGCGGAAUUUGUUCGCGUCCCAUACGGUGACGUAAACCUCCUUCAUCUGCCUGACGACGUUCCGGAUGAAAAGGGCCUUUAUCUUUCUGACGUGCUGGGAACAUCUUGGAACGCUGUUGUUGACACUGGGGUUGAAGAGGGUGACACUGUCGCAAUCUGGGGAGCUGGCCCAAUUGGGCAAAUGGCAGCUGAAUUUAGCUUCUUCAAUGGUGCUAAGAGGGUCAUACUUAUUGAUGGAGGGCUUGGAAAAUGGCGACUAGACUUUGUCAGGAAGAUUUUACCGAAUCUCGAGACAAUUGAGUAUACAAAUCUCGCUAAGGGCGAGUCUGUUGCCACAACUCUGAAGAAAAUGUGCGGCGGCCGUGGCCCUGAUGUGGCUCUGGAGUGCGCUGCAGGCGAGUACUCGAAAGGAUGGGCUCAUUACUUCGAAAGAUUACUCGGUUUGGAAACGGAUACAUCCGAGCUACUGAACGAGAUGAUUGUCUCUGUUCGUGGGUUCGGGCGUUGUGGUGUUACGGGUGUAUAUGCUGGUUAUUGCAAUCAUUUCAAUAUCGGUUCCCUGAUGGAGACCGGAAUUCAUCUCGCUGGCAAUGGACAAGCUCCUGUGCAAAAAUACUGGAAGCAGCUCCUGGAAUACAUUCAGCAGGACAAGAUCCACCCCCUGCAUAUGGUCACUCAUAGAUAUAAGCUCGAGGACAUGGAGACAGUCUAUGACUUGUUCAAUAAGCGCAACCCGGGUAUGCAGAAGGUUUUUAUCGAGACAAAGUUUUCAGCGCCUCCAUCGCCAGGUGCUCCUGCGUUGACAGUACUCUGA